AUGGGAGGCAAUUCUGUAGAAGGAGAAACCAGUCACUUAAUCAAUAUUCCAGAGGAGGGCGAUGGUGGCGGCCAAGCCCAGAAGAUGGAAGAGCAGAUGAGGAUCAAUAACCCACUGUUACCUAGCGAACCCACCGUGACGAGUGAAGACCGUUGCAUCUUCAAGCUUCCCGAGAGGUUCAGGAAGAUGAACGGUAAGACGUCAUACGACGCGCCUCAGAUAGUCUCCAUCGGGCCCCUUCACAGUCGCAAACAUGAGCUCCAGAUUAUGACGAAGCAAUUAAAGUGGCAGUGCCUCGAAUACGUUCUCAAAAGGAACAAGUCAAACUUAAAGCGCUACGUAGACAUCAUACGUCCGCUUCUAAGCAAAGCCACCGAGUGUUAUUCCAAAAAGAUCAACCCAGACGACUAUGAUUUCCUUGAAAUAAUGGUUGUUGAUGGUUGUUUUAUAUUAGAAUGCCUUGGCUUUACUUACUUCACUUACAAACUUGGAAUAAUCCAGAGUAAGAAAGAGGACUGGGAUGGCCACCCUCUCGCCCCGAUAGCUAUGGAGAGGGUAAAAUUACAACAGAUCUACCGCGACUUGCUCCUGCUUGAGAAUCAGAUCCCAUUUUUUGUUCUAGUAAAAUUAUUUGAAAUUUCCAAUAUGACUUUCGACAGUAAAGAUUCUAAAGAUAUAUCCUUGUUGUUUAUGAUCAGCGCAGAAGUUUUUUCAAGUAUACUGGGAAUUCGAGGCUACGAAGACUAUUCCUCUAGGCUCCAAGAGCACAAAUGCUUGCAUUUGCUGCACAUGGUUCGGUCCAUUUUUAUCCGCCAACCCGGUCAUGAUGAAGCCAUGCGUCACAAUGAUAAAGAAUUGCCUCUAGCGUACAUACCAGUCAAUAUCCCCUCUAUCUCGAAGCUCCGCCGCGCAGGGAUCAAAGUCAAACCACGAGAAAAUGACAACUUCUCGAAGGUUAACUUCGAGCACGGUGUUAUUGAGAUGCCGAAAAUAAUUCUCAAUGAUUUAAUGUGCUCUUUCUUGGUGAACUGCGUGGCUUUCGAGCAAUCCCACAGAAAGUGUUCCCAGCAUUUCUCAGUUUAUGCUUUAUUGUUAGACUGCCUUGUGAACACCGCCGGGGAUGUUGACUACCUGUGUGACUAUGGUGUCAUUGAAAAUUACAUUGAGACAGACGCUGUUACCUUCAUUAACAAUUUGGGAAAAUGCGUGACCUUUGAUUGGGGUUACUUUGAUUUCUUUUGGUUGUGCUAUCGUGUCAAUGCUUAUUAUCAAAAUAGGUUACAUCGGCAUUGGACAAGCUUCAAGGGUGAGUAUUUUAAUAAGCCAUGGUUGUGGAUUUCGGCAUUGGUUGCCUUUGUGCUCUUAGUACUUACGUUUUUGCAGACCUACUAUGCCAUGGAUCCUAAACACUAA